UCCUCACGAUUCAAGAAUCGAUAUUCUGCCUAAACAAUCUUCUGCCUCGUACUUCAAAGAGAUUGGCUGCCGUUGUUUCUAACAUCAAUUAACUGAGCGACGGUGCAAACGCUUCGAAGGGUCGUAGCGAAGCAGUUAAAACAGACGACGGUUUAAGCUAUCGUAGUGAACGCGAUAUACCUGUCACAUAUCAGCUAUGAUGAAUCGAAGACGGACACAAGAAAGCGAAGGAAUAUCGCUUAGGAUUCUCUUCAUUUGUAGCAUAAUCGUGGGUCUUUUGAUGAUGGUUUUAGGAGUCGUCUUUCGUGUCUACGUGUGCCAUUGGGUCGCGAGGAUCUUGUUCGCUAUAUGGAUCGGCAUUUUCGUGAUGGUAGCCGCUGGUGUUGGACUGUGCACUCGUGUUUCUCGUGAUUAUGGACCAAGAUACGGAACUCCCUGCACAUUCUCAUUCGGACUUAUAAGUUUUUUGCUCUGUCUUACGAUGGUCAUAUGUUUGUGUUUCUCGAUGAGAGAUUUCGACGACGACAGGUGGUUUAGACCGGCCAAACCAUAUCUCGUGGUUGAUCCUGACCACUGCGUCGUGGAACGUCACGUUAACGAAUACUAUUACUACGAUCGAAUCAAGAAACAUGGACGAGAUGGUCUGAAAUUUGGCUCGGUCCUGAUUGGUCUAAGUUGUUUGGAAAUGGUUCUAAUUCUUCUAAGAAGCCUCAUCAUUGGUCAAAUGAAAGGGUAUUUUGGUGCAACGGACAAACAGCAGAGACAAGUUAAAAUGCGAGGAGAGAGACAGCGCAACGUUCAAAGCAUUUAGAAGUUUUUGUUUACGACGGAUUUAGAAUAAGGUGUUUAUAUUUUGUGCUCUUUUUUAUACAAUGCGCAUGACAAGAAACUAGAUAAUGCAAGGCAUUAUGUAAAGUAAUCUGCAUAAUCGUAGACGUACUCGGCUUGAACGAGUCUACGCACUGACUACAUAUUUUGCUUAAAUUGUACGUAAUAUAUAAGUCUGAACUAAGGACUAACGGUUGUUAAUAAUAUUAAACUAAGAGGAAGGAGAAAUUAUGUCCUUUUUGCUUUUUCAAACACUUGUUUUUGCUUUGUUUGCAAGCUUAGGUAUCUGCUAUCGUUCUUACCGACGAAAAUGUCACUCAUUUACAUAGAUUUGACUAAACUUAAUGUAAACUUUGUCCAUUACAUCAACAACUAUAGAUCUGUAGUAUUAAAAGGCAGGCAAUCUGUUUGGGAUUCUUCACUAAAUUUAUUUACCGAAUCGUGUUAGUUUUUAUAGAAGUGCAUGUAUAAGUUUGUAAAAGUGUUUGCUAUAUUUAAAACUCGUUCAAUUGCCUCAAUGAUUAUAUUUAGACAUGAACCAUCAUAUAUGCAAUCCUAAGCUGGGAAUCUUACUAAUUUACUAUUUACCCAAUAUCCAAAGAAAGGUUUGUUAAAGUUCCCCUCAGUUCUCAAAAUACGGAUUCAUGAACGUUGCUCACUUUCGUCUCGUAAGAUUAAGAGUUUAGAAAAAUCAUUUCAAUGCCCGCAGUAAACAUCCUGGACAAUGUAUAUUUUCAAAAACCUGUAAUAAUUGUCGACUUCUUCCUAAAUAUAGUGUGCAUUCAUGUGAAAUUUUGCAGAUGUAAUUGACAUAAAUAUAUAUUUUACAAAAUUA